AUGGAGUUCGACACUGCGAGCCAGAGCCUCUCGCCCGGCGCGGCCUCGCACCAACCAAAUCUGAGACUGCCUGCUACGUGCGAUCCGCCGUCGGAGCAGAAUCCCCACAGGCAGGCUUCAUGGAUUGUCUUCGGCGCAACGGGCCACAUGGGACGGUCUCUCGUCCGGGCCGUGCUGUCCCACGGCGACCAGUGCACGGCGGUGGGAUGGACGCAGGAGAACACGCCGGAGCAGAUGGGACAGUGGGCGGACACGAACUGCGUGGGCAUGCUCUGCGACGUGCGGGUUCGAGAGACGGUCGACUCCGUGAUCAAGCGGAGCAUCGACCGCUGGGGGAACAUCGACAUCAUCGCGAACUGCACAGGCUACGGCGUAAUCGGCGCAUGCGAAGACCAAGACGACUACGACCUCCGCAACCAAUUCAACACCAACGUCCUAGGAACCCUCCACAUAAUCCAGCUCUCCCUCCCGCACUUCCGCGCCCAGUCCCACGGGCGGUACCUCAUCUUCUCCUCCACCGCCGGUGCCCUCGGCGUUCCCGGUCUCGGCCCCUACUGCGCAACAAAAUACGCCGUCGAAGGCCUCAUCGAAUCCAUGCUCUACGAAGUCGACAUCUUCAACAUCAAAGCGACGCUCGUGGAGCCCGGAUACGUGCGCCUCGACGAACCCGACGACGCCGCCAUCCUCUCCUCCUCCACCACUAACCCUCCAACCUCCACAGCAGCUGCGACACCCUCGAAUGUGCUGCGUCCCCGCCGCUACGGCCACUUCUGGGUCAAACCCACGACCUCCUCGCCGUACAACCCCGCGACGUCGCCGGCCCGCCACGCCCGCCGCAUGGUGCAGUGGCUCAACGACAGACAGCCCGUGUCGUCGGUGAAGUCCGCGGAGCUCAUAUGGCAGCUCGGACAUUGCAGCUACCCGCCGCUGAGGCUGCUGCUGGGAAGUUAUGCGGUCGAGAGCGUGAGGGAUAGGUUGAGGAGUAUCAUCGAGGAGAUUGAGGAUUGGAAGUACCUGCACUAUCCUGUCGACGGCGUGGCGGGCGGCGCGGGGGAUGAUGUCGGAGGUGCUGGUGGUGGUAGUGGAGGGGACGGGGGAGCGGAGGGUGUGAAGGAGGAAGGGCAAGGGGAGGGGGAGGAGGGGGAGUGA